CCGGACCUGGGUAGUCGGCGGCCGCAGGGCCGCUCCCGGGGCCACAUGGCUGAGGGGGACGCUGGGAGCGACCAGAGGCAGGUGAGGCCACGGCGGGGUGCCGACCCUCCACGCUCAGCUCGGCCUCGCCUCGCCUUCGCGGGCCUCCUGCGCCAUCAGGGCCGCCCAGCCGCGCUGUUGCACCACCGUGGUCCGUUUUCCGCGCGUUUCCCCCCGGUCCAGAACUUCGGGGCCGAAAGCUCUUCGGUUGUGGCGGGCUGGGCCUCCGAAUCCGGUGUCCUCGUCAACCACCAGCACGCGACUCAGCGGUUCUGGGCCCGAGGACGGAGCCCGGGUUCUGCUCCCUGCGGGUCACCUUGGACAAGGCCCAUAAGAAUCCCGGCUCCGUCUUUGCAAAGAUGGGCAAUAACGCAGACCCUGCAGUUCCUGGAGAGCCCACCGAACCUUACAUUACUGUUUGCAUUAGGCUUUCUCCUAAUGAGGAAAUUGAAGCAAUGGCAGCCAUUUAUGGCGAGGAAUGGUGCGUCAUUGAUGACUGUGCCAAAAUAUUUUGCAUUAGGAUUAGCGAUGAUAUAGAUGACCCCAAAUGGACACUUUGCUUGCAGGUGAUGCUACCGAGUGAAUACCCAGGGACAGCUCCACCUAUUUACCAAUUAAAUGCUCCUUGGCUGAAAGGGCAAGAACGUGUGGAUUUAUCCAACAGCCUUGAGGAAAUAUAUAUACAGAAUAUUGGUGAAAGUAUUCUUUACUUGUGGGUGGAGAAAAUAAGAGAUACUCUGAUACAAAAAUCUCAGAUGACAGAACCAGGCCCAGAUAUAAAGAAGAAAACUGAAGAGGAAGACAUUGAAUGUGAAGAUGAUCUUAUUUUAGCAUGUCAGCUGGAAAAUCCCGUUAAAACAUUGGAGUUUGAUAUCAGUGAAAAUCAACCAGAAAUAGAAGAGUUACCUCCAAUUGAUCAUGGCAUUCCCAUUACAGACCGAAGGAGUACUUUUCAGGCACACUUGGCUCCAGUAGUUUGUCCUAAACAGGUGAAAAUGGUUCUUGCCAAAUUGUAUGAAAAUAAGAAAAUAGCCAGUGCUACCCACAAUAUAUAUGCCUAUAGAAUAUAUUGUGAGGAUAAACAGACCUUCUUACAGGACUGUGAGGAUGAUGGGGAAACAGCAGCUGGUGGGCGUCUUCUUCAUCUCAUGGAGAUUUUGAAUGUGAGGAAUGUCAUGGUGGUGGUAUCACGCUGGUAUGGUGGAAUUCUGCUAGGACCAGAUCGUUUUAAACAUAUUAACAACUGUGCCAGAAAUAUACUAGUGGAGAAGAGUUACACUAGUUCACCUGAGGAAUCUUCUAAGGGUUUGGGAAAGAACAAAAAAGUAAAAAAAGACAAGAAGAGGAGUGAACAUUAAUACUUGAAACUAUAUGAAAGGUUAAUUUGCCUAUAUUAUAUACACAUUCCAUAGUCAUCAAGGAAUAUAUAAUACAGAGCGAGUAUCCUUGACUGCUCAAAUCAGCCAAUUCAUCGUGGCACCAGCAUUAUCUUUUCUUCUUUAGUUUUGUUAUCUGCCAAAAAUAGAGAACUUAUGAUAUAUUCAUGUGUAUCUCAGGCUUAUUUUGAAGAACUAAUUUGAACUUAAUUACCAUUUCAUCUAAUUUUAGGAAGGUAACAGUUGUCCAGGGUAGUACCUAAAUUAACUGUCCAUUUCAGUACAUGUCAAGUGCCUUUGUUAGGUGGAGAAGAAAUAGCUAAAGAGAAAUAUAAAUAUUUGAUUUUUUGCAAUAGGAAUUCUCAUACAGUUAAAUGAAUAUUGUCUUUUACUGCUCUUAAUGGCUUAUUGGAAUAGGAGCUCAUUGAAGAUUGAUCUUGGAGAGUUUCUUCUUGUGAUUUUGGUUCAUAAUUAUGUCACUUUUCAUUUUAUAAUGUUUGUCAUUGAGUAAUAGAUAAGUGAAAUUCUAGGUGUAUCCAUCUGUAAUUAUGUGCCAAGGUGAUACUUGAACAUAUUUGUUAGCCUAAGUGUUAUGCCUCAAUUUCUGUUGCAAAUUGGUGAUUGUGAAACAUCAAAAAAUGAUUUUCU